AUGUGUGGACUUGGUGCAAUCAUCCAUUCAAUGAAUCGCGUGAACGAUCUCGCUCUUCACAUGAACCGCAUCGCAAAGGCACACAUCAAAUGGAAUGUACAUCGGACUCACAUAGUGCACAUGUUGGAACCAGUGCUCGAAGUAGUGAAAGACUGCAACGCCGAUUACGACGAUGAGAUAGAACAAGCAUGGACUGAUCUGUACUUCAUCAUAGCUGAUCUCAUCGAAAUCUAUCGAAAUAAGAGAUAA